GUCAAAGGUACAUCCAGCAUCUGUAAGAAGAGUCGCAGCGUCCUCCUCGAGCCGAAGUUUGAUCUCUGCGCGCAGACGACGGAUUCUAAUUCCACAAGUACGAUGCGUCAUCGGAAGUGUUUUGGGAAUGUAUGUACCGCCGUUUACCUGUGGACGGCGUUCUGCUUUAAAGGUUGUGUUGGUGGUCAGUACCAGCGGAAGCUGUACAAGGAUCUGUUGACUAACUAUAACCGUCUGGAGAGACCAGUGUUCAACGACUCAGCUCCUAUACUGGUGGAACUGGGCUUCACACUGUUACAGAUCAUAGACGUGGAUGAGAAGAACCAGGUUCUGAUGACCAACGCCUGGCUGCAGCUGCACUGGACAGAUACUUACCUCUCCUGGAACCCAGAGAACUUCCCAGGUGUUCAGAACCUUCGUUUCCCCUCCAAUCAGAUCUGGGUUCCUGAUAUCCUCCUCUACAACAGUGCAGACGAGAGGUUUGAUGCUACCUUCCACACCAACGUCCUGGUCAACUCCUCUGGGUCCUGCCAGUACAUUCCACCAGGUAUCCUGAAGAGUACAUGCUAUAUCGAUGUUCGCUGGUUCCCCUUCGACGUCCAGAAGUGUGAUCUGAAGUUUGGCUCGUGGACCUACAACGGCUGGCUGCUGGACCUCCAGAUCCUGGACGUAGACAUCUCCUCAUACAUCCCCAACGGAGAGUGGGAUCUCGUGGGUGUCCCAGUGAAGCGUAACGAGCUGUAUUAUGACUGCUGUAAGGAGCCCUACCCUGAUGUCACCUUCACUGUCACCAUGAGGAGGAGAACACUGUACUACGGUCUCAACCUGCUCAUCCCCUGUGUCCUCAUCUCUGGCCUGGCCCUGCUGGUCUUCCUGCUGCCUGCAGACUCUGGAGAGAAGAUCUCCCUGGGUAUCACUGUGUUGCUGUCUCUGACUGUCUUCAUGUUGCUGGUAGCAGAAAUCAUGCCGGCUACGUCAGACUCUGUUCCUCUCAUCGGCCAGUAUUUUUCCUUCGCCAUGAUGAUCGUGGGUCUCUCUCUCGUCGUCACGGUUCUCGUUCUACAGUUCCACCAUCACGACCCUCACGGGGUAAAGAUGCCUAAAUGGAUGAGAGUCAUCCUCCUCAACUGGUGUGCCUGGUUCCUCCGCAUGAAGAAGCCUGGCGAGGAACGCAAGACGACCACCAGCUCCACCGUCACCCCCAACACCAAUACUACCCCCAGCUCCGCCACAGGAGGCUACAAGUACUCCCACCCUCCCCCUCACCACGCCAGCACCAGCUCCAUCCAGAUGGGCUCCAUCCCUGGGGGACAGCCCUCCAAUACCUCAACCACCAACGGCAACAUGAACCUGUACUUCGGCUACCACUCCGUGGGUAUGGGAGGGAUGGGAUCCCUCGGAGGGUCUCAUGAUAACCCCUGCUGCCCGCCUAGCAGUGACUCUUCUGGGGUUGGGGUCUGCAGUGGAGGGGCUGGGGGUGGUAGUCAGACCACGGGGACAGGUGGAACGUGUUCCCCCAACGAGGCGCUACUCUCUGACCGGGACGCGGGGAUCCUCCGGAGGUUGACGGUGGACCAGAUCCCGGAGAUCGGGCGGAUCCUGGAGGAAGUUCAUUUCAUCGCCCAGAGGUUCAGGGAGCAGGACGAGGGAGAGGCGGUCUGCAGCGAGUGGAAGUUUGCGGCGGCGGUCGUGGAUCGUCUUUGUCUCGUGGCGUUCACCAUCUUCUCCAUCAUCGGCACGUUCACCAUCCUCAUGUCGGCGCCCAACUUCCUAGAGGCUGUGACCAAGGAUUACCUCACAUAAUGUGGCUUUUAUCUCGGCUGGCUAAUUGGGCUAACGCU